GAACGAAAUCGUGAAUUAUCCGAUUAUGUUAUGUUGACAGCCAAGGAGCGCAAGCCUCUGAAAAUUUUGUCUAACAAACCCAGAGAAGAGGAACUUGCCUUGUAUUUAAACAUGGGAGGUCAGAUAACAACAAGAAAUACCUUGUACGAUUCUCUGAGUGACCCCUUCCCCACCACAUCUCACCGCUGCCACCAUAAGCCCACCAAGAGAUGUCUGCCUAUCCAGCAGUGUGGAGGCAGAAGGUCCUCCUUUCCACUGCUCUUCCACCCUAGUGCCAAGGGCUCCCAGAUCGUCAUGGACAUGGCCCAGAGGACCGUCAAGAGACAGGCCAGUUUCUGCAACGCCAUCACCUUCAGCAACCGGCCCAUUGCCCUGUUCGAGCAGGUCCGCCUCAAGAUCACUAAGAGGCAGUGCUGCUGGAGCGGAGCCCUGCGUCUGGGCUUCACCUCCAAGGACCCGUCCCGCAUCAACCCAGACAACCUGCCUAAGUAUGCCUGCCCAGACCUUGUCUCACAGAACGGUUUCUGGGCCAAGGCCCUGCCCGAGGAGCUGUCCAACGAGGGCAACAUCAUCUCAUUCUGGGUGGACAAGAAGGGCCGGGUCUUCUACCGUAUCAUUGACUCUAGCCCCAUACUGUUCUUCUGCGGGGUCCAUGCCUCCGAGCCACUCUGGGCUCUCAUAGACGUCUACGGCCUGACACGAGGGGUCCAGCUACUGGACAGUGAGAUGGUGCCUCUCGACUGCCUGCAUCCUCAUUCCUUCAACGCGGCCCACCAGGCGUCCUUAUGGCGGGACCCAGACGACAUUCACCUUUCUAUCAGACUGUGUGACCUUCGCCACCAGCACAAGGAGGAAGAGGAGCGCCUGCACCCCCUUAGCUCCACCUCCUGUUCCAUCCCCCAGAACUCCCUCAACUCCCAGCAGUGCUCCUUGCUCACCUCGCUCCUUGACAGCGAUCUCCACUUCCACCCACUCCGAGGUGCCAACGUCAAAGCCCUCGAUGAGAACACGGUGACCCGGGGCGUGGAGCACCGCAGCUGUGACGAGAGGACCUUGGUGUUCACCAGCCGGCCACUGUGUUGUGGAGAGAGUGUGUUUGUAAAAGUGACCAAGGCGGGUGGCACUCGUCUCGGGUCACUCUCCUACGGCGUGACGUCGUGCGACCCGGCCGGGCUUCGGCCCAGUGACCUGCCAUACAGCCCGGAGUCUCUGGUCGACCGCAAGGAAUUCUGGGCGGUGUGUCGGGUAGGGAUGCCCCUGCAUAACAGUGAUAUCCUGUGUUUCGUGGUGAACGUGGAGGGGGAGGUAUUUCUGAACCUCAAUGGGAUCAAUGCGGGGAUGCAGGUGUGUGUGGACAACUCCAGACCUCUAUGGAUGUUCUUUGGUCUGCAUGGAGACGUUACACAACUCAGGAUCCUAGGCUCGUCUUUGAAUGCAGACCCUCAGGGGCCAUCAAUUCCCAGCUCCCCAUCCUACACCCCAACACUGCGCUGCAGCGACAGCUCUGAGCCCAACCUCAACUCCAACCUGAACAUCAACCUCAACACGAUUCUCAACGCCAGCUUCCCACCAGCCUUCAGCACCUCCACAGGUACGACUCCCAGCUCUCCAUUCUCCAGCCACCCAGAAUCCUCCACUUUCCAAGUGUGCCAGGGCUCUUGGAGUGACGAGUGCACCAUCUGUUAUGAGAACGUAGUGGACACGGUGCUGUACGCCUGUGGUCACAUGUGUCUCUGCUACGCCUGUGGCCUCAAACUGAAGAAGAUGGCCAACGCCUGCUGUCCGAUCUGCAGGAGGACUAUCAAAGACAUUAUAAAGACCUACCGGAGCACGUAGGAUCAGCCUGGCUGUGUAACACAGUGGCUUAUUCACCGAGAUCAAAGAAAACAUUGAGGCCUAUCAGUGCAUGUAGGGCUGACCUGUCUGUGUCACCUAUGGCUCAGCUACAGGAGGUUUUUCAUCAAAGACCACCAGAGACAUACAGUGGGGCAAAAAAAGUAUUUAGUCAGGCAGACUUUUUAUACUAAUGGCUGGAAUGGAGUCAAUGGAAUGGCAUCAAUUGGGGAGCAUGGGCUUGUGGUAAUGUUAUGGAAACCAUUUGUAUGAUGUAUUUGAUACCACUCCACCUAUUCUGCUCCAGCCAUUACCACCAUCCUGUCCUCCCCAAUUAAGUUGCCAUCAACCUCCUGUACUACUGUACCAGGUAUGUGAUAGA